GAGAAAAGCUGGAGAACAGCUGAGCAUCAAUAGUGGUCGUUGUGAGUGUGCCGUUGCUGUGUGCCUGUGUGUGUCUCCGUGUUGUUACCAAAACAGCUAUCACACUGUCGAAUCAAAGCACAACCGAAAUACAAGGACACGCGGAAUACAUUCUUUGGGACAACAAGGCGAGACAUCAACAGAAGCAGAGCUGCCUGGGCAGAAACACCGCAAACGUGGAAGGUACAUCUCGAGUGGCGACACCAACAACCGGGGCAGUGGAACACAGGAGCUGGUACCCUGCGGGGCGAUGGUGGUGGCUGGCAUGGGAGACAGAUGUGGCCGAGUGGCAGUGCUAUCGCCCUUUGCCCACCAGGUGGGGGGGCACUCUCAGAUGCUGCUCUUGGACCCGGGCACGCUCUGCAAACCUCUCAUACGCAGGGAACUGCACUUCUACCUGAACGUACCGAGAGACAUGCGAGACUUUGUGCCACAGUACAAGGGUGUGAUCCAAGUUGAGUGCACGGACGAAGAUGACGACGGCCCCUCUUUCAUGUCGCACACUGGACUGGGAGCGUCAUGCUGCGUGUCGGACGAACUGUCUGGUUGGCGGAGGCGACACCGGGUGCAGCAGCAGCUCAAGGUUCAGAUCUGUAGAUGCAACGAACAGCGUUUCCUGUCUCGAGAGGUUCACCAGAGCAACACCAAACACUUUCUCUUGCUUGAGAACGUGGUAUCUCACUUCAGAAGGCCCUGCAUUCUGGAUCUCAAAAUGGGCACCCGCCAGCACGGAGAUGAUGCGUCGGACGAAAAGCGUCAUCGGCAGAUGGCCAAAUGCGCUGCCAGUACGUCUGCUACCUUGGGUGUUCGCAUCUGCGGCAUGCAGGUCUACCAGACGGACACCCACACCUUCGUGUGCAAAGACAAGUACUACGGACGCUGCCUCGACGAGCAUGGAUUCCGUCGGACCCUCCGCCAGUUCUUCUACGACGGCUUCCACCUCCGGACGGACUUGGUGGGCCUUGUCCUGGACCAGCUUAGCGCGCUCCGUAAGGCUGUCGAGCGCCAGAUCUCCUUCCGCUUUUAUUCGAGCUCUCUCCUCAUAAUCUACGAAGGCAGCGACGAAGAUGACGACGACGAUCGCGUUGGUCGUCACACCACGGAGGAGGAGAAUUUCGAUUGCUCGGAUGAGUCGUCACUGGAUUCGUCUCUCGACGCGACGGCGGUGCAGCGUAAACUGCACCGUGAUCCGCGUGUCGACGUGCGGAUGAUUGACUUUGCGCACACGACCCAUGCAGGCUAUGAAGGCGACACCACGGUGCACCGCGGCCCCGAUGCGGGGUACUUGCUUGGGUUGGACAAUCUGAUAAGACUCCUCAGCGAGGUUCGCGAUGAGGUCAAGUAAUUUCAUAAUGGUGACGACGGUGUCAUCGGUGAUGCAAAGAGGGCCACUCUCGCUUUUAUGACAGAUAGGUUGUGGUAUCAAUUGACCCAACGACAAUUGUACACUAUCAUAACGGUCUUGUAUCAAGGCUGUCAAAUUUCAUGCCAUAGCAAAUGGAACAAUGUUUUUUCGAAAAGGGCAAUCGAAGAUAGGCAGGCGUAAGUCUCGGUGAUAAGAAAUAAGAAUCAGACCAUAAGCACACUGCUCUUUAGUUCUCUAUGAACUAAAUAUAUAUAUAUAUAUUCAAUAAUUGCUAGGCACCCAUGCAACGGGGUGACUUACCAAUGGCCGCAUACACUUCAAUGCACCUACUGUAGUGCAGUACCGUAGCCAGAAAAAUGUUUUGGGAGGGGUUCUGUGGGAACUUCUUGGAGGGGAGGACGUCUCCCCUUUUCCCUCUCGCAAAUGCAUACCAAAGGUACAAGUUCUGUGGUGGGAGUAAAGGUUGACCCUUCCAGGAACUCCCUCUGGCUAUGUCACUGCUUCAAAGCGUGAUACUGUAUGCUCGAAGCCGCAAAUUCUACUGCUGUUUUUCUUUUUCUAAUGCGUGUUACAAACAUUUGCCAGGCAACACUGGAUUCUGUUGUAAAGCUUCCCCACAAAGCACAUUCCCGCAGUGCUUGACAAUACAGCAUCUGGCAUUCGCAUGCCAUACUUCGUGAAGUUGCGAGCUGCACUGUGUCAUACACAUGUACUGUAUACUGUGAACAAGGUGAGCUUUGCUCAUGACACCCGUUUUCCUGCAUCGUUGGCCCCCGUCUGGUCAGUGCUAUUUUGCUGAUGCUUCUCAUUUUUCUUAUUGCCUUUCUGCACCCACCGCUGUUUAAUAUUUAAACAGGAUGGUGGCCUUUCCAGUUCAAUACCUCGCCGACAUGCUAUUUAUUUUCAGUGUCAUCCAUUAUGCUUGCGCUUGUCACACGGUGACAGGGUUUCCUAUGACUGCCAGAACUAUUUGUUCUAGGAGCUGUAUAUAAUUGUUCACAAUGUUUUGUUUGUUCACAUUUUACAUGUCAGUCUUGUAUCUAGUGGGAACUUGUUGUGCAAUAGGGAAAGAGCAAAGUGACUGUUUGAAUGGGGAAGAGGAUAUCUUGUUGCAUUGACAAAUUAUAAAUUUUCGUGGUAGUUUGAAACUGAGCUUGGUGACAAGUAAAUGCCUGAAAUAGCUACAUGCACGACAUUGCAGGUACAGCUGCUGUCAGACUUAACUGUAAUGUGUAACAAUCUAGCCUGCACUGAAGCAUAGGGCAGGCAGUGCCACUAUCGUGAGUUGCUGUACGUCUCAACCCAGUCUCGGACCUAUAUCUCGGAUGCAGUCUCAAACCCAGGGCCUAGCGCCCUGCUGUAGCUGUUACAGUUAAGUCUGAGUACGACUGUACUGUAUGUUACAAUGCACUCAUGUGGAACACCAGGUGAAGGUGUCAUGGAACAAGCUUUCUUCUCGUGAACCCUUUGCCCAAAUGUCUCUGUUCCGAGUGAUGUACAGUACACACCAAAUCAGGUACAUGUCCUUUACAAAUAGAGCAAUUUCGCUUGUCCAUCUCGAUAUUUUCGAAGGAUCACACAAGCCAGACUGGAAGUGUAAGAUAUUUGUAAUUCUGAGCAGCGCGUAGUCAGUAGUUUCAGGAUGUGAUAGCAAAGUUAAAAGACUAUUUUUAAGAACAUUAUAAGCCGUGCCCUUCACUGAAACUAUGGUUGUAACUUGUAAGUACUAGUGUAUAAAGAAGGAAAGCGCUGAAUCAUAACUUGGAUUCCUGUUCCUCUUGCAAAGCCAUUCAUCACUUUCUGUCUCACCGGAAUGACAAUGGUAUAAGUGUUGUUGUUGUCUACGUAUAUCUACCUGUAUUUGUUUGGUGCCUGUAACGUUAAAAGGACCAAGAAUGCAUAGGGUGUGAACACUGCGAAUUUCAUUUGAGGAAGCACAAAGACAAGAAACUAUGGAAGUUUCUGGAUAUGAGUAACUCCUGGCAAAGGAGGGAAGUUACUGGGCAACAGGAACCAGGCUUUCGCACUUUUGAAGUUUUAUCGUCGAAGUAAUACCUUUUGUCACCCUUAGGCGUUUCAACAAAUUCACAAUUGGUUGCUGUUGCCUCGUAACUUUAGUGCAUGCUGCAUGUUUGUACAAUAGCGAGUAACAACACGGAUAAUAGGGUAGGGCUGGGCAUUUUGAGAGGAUGCUGAGAGCUUUGCAAGGUAUCUCAUUUUGUUUGUUACCGAGCAUAAACAUGCGUCGGUCACUUUGUACUAUGUACGUAUGUGCAGUAUUUUAGCCGUUGUGGCAAUAACCAUGAUUGUAAGCUUGAUUGCGGAGGUUCCUUUCAAGGCUGUGUUUAUUAUAAGUGUAAAUACGUGUAAAUAAAGGCAUUUCUACAACAAGUA